AUGUGGGAAUGCUCGCUUCUCAUCAAUGCGGCUCUCAAUGGAGAAGACACCGUUGUCCGGCGCCUUCUUAACCUCCAGCCCGACUUGGAAGAAGUUGGCACGGUGAAGAUUGAGGAAGACACCAUAGAAGGCGCCAGUGCCUUAUGGUCUGCAGCUGCAGCGGGUCACUUGAAGGUGGUGAAGAUGCUGGUGCGAGCCGGUGCAGACGUGAAUCAUUCGACGAAGACGAAGUCCACGCCUUUAAGAGCAGCCUGUUUCAUUGGAAGACUGGACAUCGUCAAAUACUUGGUAGAGCACAAGGCCAACAUUCAUCUUCCCAACAGUCACAAUAAUACCUGUCUCAUGGUUAGUGCAUUUUGUGGGCACUUAGACGUAGUACGGUAUCUCCUGAAACGGGGCGCUGAUCCAAACCACAAGAGCAAUCAGGAAAACACAGCCCUCCAUGAGGCGGCAGAACCUGGACAUGUGAAGAUAGUCUCAGAACUCAUGGCCUACGGAGGGAAGAUGACAAAAAACAAGCAUGAGAUGACACCCUUGCUCACAGCGGCUGAAAAUAUCCGAGACGAUGUCGUUCACUUAAUAAUACAGCUACCCGAAAUCAGCAAAGAAGAACGCAUUGAGGCCCUCGAGCUCCUUGAUUUGGAGAAAAUCCAGUUCGACACAGAUGCUCUGAACAUGGAGAGCCUGGUGAUUCGGGAGCGGAUUCUCGGUUCAAAAAACCCAGACCUCAUAUUUCCCAUUGUAUACCGAGGUGCGGUGUGCGCAGACAAGAAGCAAUUUCAACGAUGUAUUGCAUUGUGGACCCACGCCAUGAAUCUAAAACAGAACAGCCGCAGGUCUGUAAAGGAGGACCUCUUCCACCUGGCGGGAUUGUUCACUGAAAUGCUUCAUGAGGAGGUGGAGUUGAGUCCUAAUCACGUUAUUAGCGUCCUCUCGUCGGGUGCAGAAGAACUCGAGCGUAAUCACCAGCAACUGAGCUCACUGGCUUCAGAUGCCGAGGAUAUUGACGAGGCCAUGGAGGAGAUGGAGAGCAACAUGCACUCCGUGUUGUACCUGUUAGUGAUGGCAGGUCAAUUGAAGCUACCAGAAGGGGAUGACAAUAUCCGGCAAAUCAUUUCUCACCUCAAUCGCAUCCCAUUGAAGACAAGACACGGGCGAAGUCUACUUCAUUUGGCUUGCUGGGCCUCGACUCCAGUCCCUGAUGAUUACACUUUCUUUAGCGAUGUCUGCCGAUUUCCAUGCGAUAGGACUGCUCGACUGCUGAUUGAGUGCGGCGCUGACGUGAAUGUUGUGGAUGCAGAUGGCAAAACACCAUUCGAAACACGUCAGCAGAUGUAA